UAUUCCACCUGCCCGGCCUCCCAGUUCAAAACGCAUUUCGCUGGACUUUUCACUCUUAAACUGUUGUGAACAGCAGUGAGAAAUCUGCCGACCAUAUUUGUAAACCUUGGUUUGGUUUCCACUGGUCAUUACUUGUCUUGCUGGUCAUCCACCAACCCCACAAUCUUUUCCCCUUUUUUCAAAACGAUGGAUAAUGUCGCUUUACUUUUGCUGUUUGUGGUCAACGCUGGAACGCUGGUUCAAGUAAAGGGAACAGCAAACUUGACUACUUUGUAUGGAGAAACCAUUGUUAUGCCAUGCAAUGGUGGAGCUCCACCACCGAAAGAUCUGAUGUUCAUCAAGUGGAAAUAUGAAAAAGAUGAUGGCACACCUGGUGAUCUGUUAAUCAAACAGGCUCACAGUGACCAGGCCACAGUUCAGGCCACAGAUGGUUAUGCUCAACGGGUCAGCAUCAAUAGGCACUUCAGCCUGCUCAUUACCCAGGCCUCACUCAAAGACCAGAGGACUUUCACCUGCAUGGUGGUGUCAGACGCCAACCUCAUGGAGUAUCCCGUCUCUGUUGUUGUUUACAAGAAGCCAUCACCAGUGCGGAUUAUGGACAAAAGUGAAUCAUUACAGAAAGACAAAUUAACAGCGGUUGGAACAUGUGUUGUGGCAGAAGCAAACCCUCCAGCCACUAUCAAGUGGAGAAAAAAUGGACAACUUUUGAAAGAUGAUCAAAAAUCUGUUGUGAUCACUAACCACUUGAAGCUGGAUCCUGACACAGGCCUAUCCACCAUGCUCUCCACCCUCCAAUAUGCAGCCACCAAAGAGGAUGCUGAUGCAAUCUUUGCCUGUGAAGCCACACACACACUGAUUAAUCAGGAGACUGAGCUGGAACCUUUUCCCAUUCACUAUCCAUCGGAGCAGGUUACUCUCCAGAUUAUGUCACAGCCGUCCAUUAUAGAAGGAGAUAAUGUGACACUAAAGUGUACUGCUGAUGGCAACCCUCCACCUAGAUCCUUCUUUUUUCACAUUAAGGGCACGAAAGUGCUGGUUGAAAAUUCGGACAACUACACUGUAACUGCCAUCAACAGAAAGGAUACGGGUGAAUACAAAUGCUCACUGGUUGACAACGAGAAAGUGGAGGCCUCCCAGAACAUUGUUGUUAGUUACCUGGACCUAAGUCUGAGUCCCACUGGAGAGGUUGUGAAGAACGUUGGGGAAACCCUGUCUGUGAAGAUAGAGAAGAGUACCUCAGGUGAUGCUAAAGAGUUAUGGAAAAAGAAUGGAAAGAUGGUGAAGAGACCAGAGUUUAGUAAUUUGACCUUUGCCGAUGCUGGAGACUACAUCUGUGAAGUUUCACUGACUGGUCUGACACGACGUCAGAGCUUUCAACUAGUCAUAGAAGGAAAGCCUCGGAUCACCAACCUUACUAAAUAUCGUGCUGCUGAUGGCAAAGACACAGUCCUAACCUGUGAAGCUGAAGGAGUACCAAAACCCCAGUUCCAGUGGAGCGUCAAUAACCCAAUAAAGGAGGAGAGCUCCUACAUCAAUGGCAAAGUGAUUCAUAAAAUCACCAUAGUCCCCAAGGAGAACUUGACUAUCACUUGCAACGUCAGUAACCGCCUGGGACAACAUGCCGAGACAAUCAGUGUUUCUUCUGUUUUUAAGGAGGAAAAUAAAGGAAGAGGAUCUCGAGAAGAUCGGGACCAAGCAAAGCUCAUAGGGGGUGUUGUGGCAGGGCUCGUCCUAGUUGGUAUUACAGUGGGACUCAUCUGCUGGCUCUGCUGUAAGAAAUCAAGACAAGGAACCUGGAAAACCAAGGAGGAAAUAAAUAGAUCUCAUGAAAACGAGAAACUAACGCCCAUUGACUGUGUUUAAAAGGCACUAGCUGAAGAGGUUAUUGCUGCACGACACUACCAACUGGUCAUCUGCUGUGAGCUUGAAACUUUGUUUAUACUAUAAAACUAUUUGUUUCUACCUACUUUUGUUUGAACAAUUGAAUUCUGACAACCAGCCCAACACCAACAGAACACCUGUUGGUGUCCUUCUGCUCUAUGGAUUUCUCCUUUGGUUGCUACCUACCCAUAAAUGGUUUCAGAAGGAUUACACUAAAGAGACCCGCUACAAUCGACUAGCUCUGGAUCUUUUUCAGCUCAGCCAGAAAAUAGCCACGCUGGAAAGUUGGAUUUCCAUCUUUCACCAAAGAAGGGAGAAUGAACUGCUGCUGGACUCCCUGGAAAAACCCACCCUGUGUCAACCCACCAAUACUUCUGUCACUCCCUGCAAUUGUUCAUCUGUCAAAACAAAAACACAAAUUAAUUCAUCAAUAAGCGGCAUGUCAGCACAGCUGAUACAUUCAUCAGGGAAUUUUCAAAGUGUACAUUACCAUUCCUGUUAUCCUGUGAUGAAAUGAUGGACAACUUCUCUAAUACAAUUGCUCAUGUUAUUGAGAUUAUUGCUCCUGUAAAAACUAUUGAUAUAUAUGGUCCACCAAAAGCACCCUGGAAAAAUAGUGAAAGAUGGCAAAAAACACUGCAGGAGAGUUGAGAGAAAAUAAACUACAAAUUAAUUAAUUUAGAAAUCUAUGAAAAAUGCGCUAUACUGCUAGAAUAAUUAAAUUAACCAGAAAAUCCUAUGUCUCCCAAGUGAUCAACAAUAACCAGUCUAAUUCUGCUUUUUUUUUCAUCCACUGAUGAAGUAUUUUAUCCCUCCAAAACCAUGCUAACUGAAUUUCCUUCAGUAAAUGAGUGUGAUGAAAUUAAAUCAUUUUCUAAAUAUGAUAAACGGCUCUCUCCACUCUGGUAAGCAAUCAUUCUGGUGACAGUGGGAAGGAAAAACUACCUUUUAACAUUCAGAAACCUCCAGCCGAACCAGGCUCAGGGAGGGGCGACCAUCUGCCUGAACUGGUUGGGGGUGAAGGGAGGCGACAGGAUAAAUGCUAUGAAGAGAGUCAGAAAUUACUAAUAACUAAAAAUUAAAUGCAGAGUUGUGUAUUAACACACAGUAAAUAAAAAAGGUGACUGAAGAGGAAACACUAUGUGCAUAAUGGGAAUUCCCCAGCAACCUAGACCUAUUGCAGUCUGAGGCCUCAGAUCCAGCCCUAACUAUAUGCUUUA